UGGUUCGUGCAGCAUGCGUAGCCGAAAAAGGGUUAAUUUCUGCACUACUCAGCUCCUGACAAACUUUUCCCAAUUUGACUUCAGUCAAGAUCAGUAACCAAAAAAUUCAACUUCCUCAGAUGGGUGAGCUCUCGCGGGCAUGACGUUGACUAUAUGCACCUCGUCGCAAUUUGGAUCCAAGACCGGCUUUGAACUUCUGUCGCAGCUGGCCACGAGAGGACAUCUCCUAGUGCCAAACUUCAACUUAAGGAGAAUAGAUUCUUAGGCUUUACUCUGAGUUGGUUAGAGAAGUCACAACACGCCUUAAAAAGUCUACGAAGCCGCUGCAGUAUUAGGGCGGAGGAACCUCUACUGGAUGCAGUGAAGGUCAAAUCAGGAUUUCGAAGAAGGUGAAGUUGUUUUGACACUGCGCCGGUUGAGGGGUUUAUAAUGUUUGGAUGUGAGCCGCGGUGACGAACAAAUUGUGCGCAGCUAUAUCGGUUCGCCGUCAUGAAAUUGUCCUAGUGAGAUUUAGUUUUCCUUGAGGUGAGAGCAGUUUCGCAUCUACGGAUAUUGCAAACUACUUGCAUAAUUUUCUUUUCGGCGUUGAGCUCGAAGUGAUGCAGGGGAGUCUAGUGGUCAAUUAUUUGUCGAGGACCGAUCGGUUGCCCGAAAGUUUCCCUGUAGGGAUCUGGUCCGGAACUGGUUGGCAAGGUGACGGAGUGACCAAGUAGUCAAGGUGUUCAGCACCGUCAAGUUUUGCAGGUUUUCCCACUCCUGCAGCGGUUUUCUCGAAGUCGCGAUCAUCAGAUUUGGCUCCGACGUUCACAGGUUCAUCACUCAGGGAGUCCUUUGCAGAGACUGGUGAAUAGCACACCAAGAAAAUGGCGGUGGGGGACCCCAGUGAGAGGACCCUCGAAUACACGCCCACUUGGGCUUUGGCGACAGUGAGCGCCGUCUUCAUUAUUGUCUCCGUAAUUGUGAAGCGCGGUCUGCACGCACUGGGCCAUUAUCUUCAUCGGACUGAGAAAAAGCCACUGCUACUGGCCUUAAAUAAAAUGAAAGAUGAGCUAAUGUUGGUGGGAUUCAUCUCCUUGGCAAUCGGUAUAUUCACGACUCCUGUUUCCAAGAUCUGUAUUAAAUCUACUGUAUAUGUAAAAUCUAACUGGAAUCCCUGUGUCGGUAGCUCGAUGCCUAAAGCGGAGGACGUAUCUUCCUCGUACCCUCCUCCCGGGGAAGGGCGUCGCAAACUUCUUGCUACUCCGACCACGUCUUACUGUGAUGAGGGCUACGAGCCAUUCGUGUCGUACUAUAUCCUCCAUCAGCUGCACAUUUUCAUCUUCGUCCUGGCUGCGUCUCACGUAGUCUAUUCUUGUCUCACCGUGGUGCUUGCCCUUUAUAAGGUGUAUUCCUGGGGGAAAUGGGAAAAGGAAGCUCACGAUGCGCAUGCCCAAGAAAAGUCGCAAGAGUUUACGAGCAGUAUCAGCAUGGCACGACAAUCAACUUUUGUGAAGUAUCAUGGAAAUAAACCUCUGGGCAUGCAAAUCCUUGUGUGGGUGAGUUGCUUUUUCAAGCAGUUUCAUGUCCCAAGAGCGGACUACCUCACCCUGCGCUUGGCCUUUGUCACAACUCAUAACUUGAGGGACAACUACGACUUUCAUUCGUACAUGAUUCGGUGUAUGGAGGACGAAUUUGAAACAUUAGUAGGAAUCAGCAUCUGGCUAUGGGCAUGCGUCGUAUUGUUUCUCUUAUUCAGGAUGGGAGAAACAAUCAUCCAGGCCUGGACCUCAUCCAUUCCCGUUGUGAUCAUUUUACUUAUCGGAACUAAGCUGCAGCACAUCAUGGCAACACUAGCACUGGACCACAAGGGUGUAAAUGGGUCAUUAGUAGGAGUGUUGUUGAAACCCCGCGACCAGCUGUUCUGGUUCAACCGUCCCAAGUUUCUACUGUGUGCCAUCCACUUCGUUCUCUUCCAGUCUGCGUUUGAGAUGGCGAUCUUCAUUUGGUAUCUGUGGCAGGUAAAAUCAGACUCGUGUUUGUGGGAGGACAAAAAGACUUACCUUUUCGUCCGUUGCGGCAUCAGCAUUGGAACGCAAAUACUCUGUAGCUUCACGACAUUGCCGCUCUUCGCCCUAGUCUCCCAGAUGAGCACCAUACCAAAGAAGGCCUUCCUUCCCAAACACAUCGACAAGUCUAUGCGGAAAUGGCACAAUGACGCCAAGCUUCGACUAAAAGUCAAAGUCAUUGAGAACUACAAGCGUAAGAGAGGGAUGGGCAAGUCGCUAAUCACUCCUUUAGAUUUACAGAUGGUAAAUUCUCAAUUCUUAAACGACAGGAGUGCAACUCCUAUAAACACGCCAAUUGUCUUAAGUAUGGAAGAAGGACCGUCUUAUCCUUCGAGACCAUCUUCAUCGAAUGCAGGCAGCCUGCCGCCCAAGUCUCCAUUAAAUACGAGACACGAAUCGUAUCAUGCCAAGGUGACCGAUGAGAAGACUGUGAUAAAUGAAGAUCAGAGAGAAGCUGUGAACGAAUAUGCUCACCUCCUGAAGCCUCCCGUCUCCUUCGCAGAGUUUAGAAGGAAAUUAUCUCUCAGUCGUAGACCAGGCUUGACUCCCCGCACUCCUCCCUCUCAACCUCGGGACACUGACGAGGUGCCCAACCCGUUGAAACAUAUCAAGCGAAGCCACACAUCACAUUGGUAAAACUAGAUUGGCGUCUCGUCUGUUGAGCUAUUCUGUAACAUAUAAAACUAGCAUCCGAUUAAUCCGAUUCUUUAGGCUUCCAGGUAGAAUACUUAUACUCGAGAACUGGAUCCGGAAUGCCGUAUGGUCCCGGUUACACAACAUUUCUCUCCGGUGCGAGUAUCACAUGUAGAGUUAUCCGGCCAAACAUGCACUUUCAGAGUUUCAAAUAUACCGAUGAACCGGAAUUGUGUUUUUAAGACGAAGGUUCAUUGUGUCAAUUCGUUAGCCAGUGGUUGGUGUGUUCCUUCAUACAUCAGCACUUCAAGAACCGUGCAAAGAAAAAGGCUGGAAGGUGAAAAUUUGGUAUGAA